AUGGACGCGCCGCCAUCGACGGGGUCAAUGCCUAUGCCAAACCUCCAACUCUUGUUUGGACCGAUGCUCAUCGGAGUCUUGCUUAAUGCUAUCUUGUAUGGAGUCCUUACUGUUCAAUGCUUCAUCUACUACCAGACGUACACGAACGACAAAGCUUGGAUCCGCUACCUGGUUCUAUACCUCUUUUUUGUCGAAACACUCAAUACAGGGUUUGAUAUCGGCAUCAUCUACGAACCCCUCAUCUUGAGAUUUGGUACCAUGGACGCAAUAAGCAAUAUUCCAGUCAUGCUUAUGUCUGAUCCUAUUGUCAUGGUUAUGAUUUCGACGCCGAUUCAGUGCUUCAUUGCAUGGCGAAUCAACAUAAUCAGUCAGUCCAAGGCAAUCACCACUGUGAUCGUGUUCUUCUCUUUCUCUUCACUUGUGGGAGCAUACUCCGCUGCAAUCACCACAUCGGUUACCAAGAGCCUCACCUAUCCCAGCCUCCAAAGAAUGUCCCCAGCCAUCAUUACGUGGCUCGUUUCUUCUGCCACCGCUGAUGUCAUUAUCACCUCUAGCCUGGUGUACCACUUGUAUAAACGCAAGACUGGUAUUCGCGCUACGGAUGAUAUCAUCAACAGGAUCAUGCGAUUAACCAUCCAAACUGGGAUGAUCACGGCUCUCUUUGCAGCGUUGGAUGUGAUUUCAUUCUUAGCCAUCAAGAAUACAUCAAUGAACUUCCUUUGGGAUUUCCCGCUCUCGAAGCUGUACACUAACUCGCUUUUAUCAACUCUGAAUGCUCGCGCCGGGUGGAACAAUCUCGUCGUCGAUGAUCAAGACAAUGUCCUAUUCGGCACAGACAACUCUCGGACUGUAUUACGGUCUGGCGCGACACUAAGCUCACCUGCGUUCCGAGUCGGUGGAGGUGAUACUAGCGGCGGUGGUAGGAGCAAGUCUUCUAGGACGAGCUCAAACCCACAGAAGAUCAUGACCGGCGUGUAUGAACUCGGCACUCCCAGCCUACCAGGAGCCGUGAAGGAGGAUUUGGAACAACCAGGCAUAAACGUCACCAGGGUUGUUGAGAGCCUUCAGGAUCCUCUGCCUCGCCAGAAGAGGAGCCAAGAUUACCCUUACACCCAAUAA